AUGGACAACGUGGCUCUCCGCCGAGCAUUCCUGACAUCUCGUUCGCAGAAUGAAGAUCCUGUUCUAUAUGACGAUUCCGCCAUUUCAACCACCUGUUACCGAUCUGAGACCACCAAAGAUGAAUUGGAUGAACUCAAACAGCUUUUCUUCCAUUCGACAUUAAAGCCGAAGUUCGACUGGGCCGGUCUGUGUUUGGAGAGACAGCACGACUUCAAGUUCUGGGCGAACGUGACGCAUACAUUUGGGCUGCUCAUUGUAAGGAACAUCUUCAAUUCAAAUACGUCAUGCGAGGAUGCAAUCGAAUUGCAGCGCAUGGCAAUGCUGAAUGAAGAUCGGGAUUGUUACGGCCAUUGUCAGGAAUUCGCUCGAUCAUCUGAUGCUAUAGCUUACACCGACGAUUCGCUUGCAGACUUCAAAACGCGGGUAUCGUUCAUUCUUCUGAGCGGGUUGCUAAGUAAUCGUAUCCCAGGAUCUCUUCGCCUGAUCGUUCGCUGUAACGGUUACCAGUAUUUCGAGCACCGUAUCAGCGAGCUUAUGAACGACUUCCCGAAAUUUGACGUUUCAGCAGUCUGUUUCAAUAUGAAUGCACUGCGCAUACUUAUCCCGUACCUGCUCGAACCGCAGUCGGUCAACCUGUCUAAUGUCUGUCACCGGUUCCUGACGUCGCGAUUCUGGAGGAUCAUGUGGCUGGACGUUGGUGUGGGCCUGAAGCAGCGUCCAAGUACCGAGCGUGGGCAGCUUUUCGGUGCAUUCCUAGAGCUCGCAUCGACCAUAUGCUACGGCACGCGCUCCCCAGCCCUGCUCAAACGGUUGUACGGAUCAUGUCUCAAAUCUCUCUGGGACCCGAUUUUUGCGGUGCUUACGUGGCGGUUGGGGCCUAAACUGCUCUGCCGUGUGCUCACAUUUGUUGCAGAUAUGCUAAUGAUGAGUUUCCAAGACAACUGCUUGGACAUGUUGGACAAUAGCUUCCUGUCUAAACUAAGUCAAUGCGCCAAAGAGGCGCUGGCAGACGGCGAGCGAUACCUGUCGCGAUAUUUACUGCAGACUCUGGAUGACAGGAACGAAUUCUAUCACCAUUUUGCUCGUAUAGCUACGGAGAUGCUGAAGGCACUUUUGCAGGCGCUAGCCAAUGCGAUGCAAGGCCAUGUGAACAAGUGUGUAGAGGAUCUCUACGACAUCAGCUCUUUAGGAACGGCAAAACUGAUACUGCCUCCACAUGCUGGUGACAGUGGAGAAGCACACGUCAGAUUCGACUACUCGGAUACCCGUGUUUUCCCUCGCGUACUACCGUGUUUCAAUACCGACUGCAAAAGAGUGUUCCACCUCGACAUGCCUCAACUGCACGUGGACAGUGAUACACCUGAGUUCUGCUAUUGUUCGCGGUGUGGAGUGCCAAGUUACUGCAGCGCUGCAUGUGCCGAUUCGCACUGGGAAGCGGGUCAUCGGCAAGUUUGCAGUUUCCUACGCGCGCCACCAACGUUCGCCAAGUUCAUCGCUCCCAUGCCAGAUUCAGGCAACAUCCUGUUACGGACUUUUGACAACGAGUGUACGAUGGCUCCAGAGUGCGACGACGCCGGGAAUGUCUUGACAGUGUUUUAG